AUGCCACCUAAGAAGAAAGGCGACGGCAAGGGUGGCCCUAAACCGGGCACCCAAAAAGCCAAAGCCGUUGCGGAAAAGGCGGGCGAAGCGAAGAAGCAAGUGCCGGAGGAGCCCAAAAAACCGUCCGUGAAGGAGGUCAUUGGCGGCGCAUCAUGGACGGGAAAGCUUCCGGUCAAUAUGCUGGCCGAGCAUUGCCAGAAGCAGAAAUGGGAGAAACCAGAGUACAGCAUGAUAAAAACCUCCGAUGGCUUUGUGUCUUCCGUAACGAUGAAGAAGAUAGACCCUAAGACCAAAGAAUUGAUCGUUAUUCCGCCACUGAGACUUCCACCCUCCCACAAACACCUCGCUGGGCAGCCGACAGCCCUCGAAGCGCGCCAUUUUGCUGCGGCAUUUGCUCUUUUCCGAGUAUGCAAUAUGCGCAACAUUCAUAUGAUGAUGCCUCCGACAUAUAAGAAGUUGUGGAAGGAAGACUUUGCGGAAAUCAAAGCAGCCGAUACUCGGGAAGGCAGAGGCUGGAUGUACGAAGCAGAUCCCUUUUUGGCCAAGCAAGAACGAGAGUUUGCGGCAGCAGACCUGGCAAAGAAACGAGCAGAUCGCGAGAAGGCGCAGGCGAAAGAAAAAGCCUCGAAUGCGGAGUUGGGACUCGGACAUGGGGAUGCCAAAUCAAAACGAAUCUGGUCACAGGCGCCGAAGGUAGAUAUGGGCGCGCGCAUUCGACGAGACAUCGAAGGUCUCUUGCGACAACAUACGAGCUGGAACCCGUACGGUGUGAAGAUCCCAGAUAGCCAAAAGAAGGCUAUCGCGGACGAGUUCACUGGUUUAGGGUUCCGACGCAGCCACGUUGAAGAAGCUGCGGCGGAAUGCAAAGACCGCGAAGAGGUGUUGGAGUGGCUUCUUAUUUAUGUUCCUGAGGACGACCUUCCACGAUGGUCUCUGCCAGAAGGAUAUUCCGCUGGAGUCACUCUGGGUUCUGGCGAUGUUGCUCGUGAGGCUAAGAUCAAACGGCUGUCAUCUGUUGGUUAUCCUGCCGAUAUGUGUUCCCAAAUUUUGGAUAGCAAGAAAGGCGAUGAGUUGGCGGCUGCUGAGCACUUGCAGGGCACUUUGGCCCAUGGCACUCAGUUCUCUGCCCCAGCGGUAGCCGAUGAAGAUGACGAAGCUUGGGCAGAAGAGGCGACUACAUUGGAAGCCAUCUUCGGGGAACGCUAUCGUCGCGUAUCAGCCAAGGUUUGCGAGAUCAAAAGUGAGGCAUCGGAACUUCCACCAAAUACAAUCUUUCGCUUCCAAAAGCCCUCCGCCCAUUACCCAAGCACGCCUCCUAUCAUAUCAAUUCAGGCCAAAGAUGUCCCCGCUUAUAUACGCCUGAGUGCGAUCCGUCGGGCAGUGCAGUAUGCCGAGGACAACUUUACGGGUGAAUCGAUGAUCUUCAACAUCAUGGAUUGGUUAGAGGUCAAUUUGCGGAGCAUCAUGGAUAAUCCAGGUAAACUGCGAGAGAUUUCAGCUGUGACGGCUUCGUCGACAGCUGAAACAUAUGGGAUUCCUAUGCGCCCAUCGCGCAAGAACCGCAGGGGCAUCGACUGGAAGAUCGACUCGGAACGAAGCUUGGCCAUUCGAGACGCUUGGGAGGCCAAACAGGACACUGCUCCGCAGAAAGAGAUGACCCGCAAAAGAAAAGCACUUCCCGCAUGGAACAUCCAGCAUGAAAUCAUCCACGCAAUCAACUCUCACCAGGUGACUAUCAUCUCGGGUGAGACUGGUAGUGGUAAGAGUACGCAAUCCGUACAGUUUGUGCUGGACGACAUGAUCCAACGAGGAUUGGGAGCCGCUGCCAACAUCAUCUGUACACAGCCACGGCGAAUCUCCGCCUUAGGUCUUGCCGACAGAGUCAGCGAUGAACGGUGUGCAGUAGUUGGCGAUGAAGUCGGAUAUGUGAUUCGAGGUGAAUCGAAAGCCAAGCCUGGUUCAACAAAGAUUACCUUUGUGACUACUGGCGUUUUGCUGCGCCGGAUUCAGUCCGGUGGCGAUGCGGAUGGUAAUGUCGCAAGCUCGCUCGCGGACGUUUCGCACGUGGUGGUCGACGAGGUCCACGAGCGUAGUCUUGAUACAGACUUCUUGUUGGCGCUGCUAAGGGAUGUUCUACCUCACCGCAAAGACCUGAAGGUCAUUCUCAUGAGUGCCACCCUCGAUGCGGCUAUCUUCAAGGGCUACUUUGGUGGUCAGGGAUCUGUUGGACUGGUCAAUAUUCCCGGCCGCACAUUCCCUGUCGAAGAUUAUUACCUGGACGAUGUCAUUCGGUACACAUCAUUUGCGCCAGAACUUGCCGAGGGCUACGAAGACGAGGAAGAGUCUUCUCGGGGAGAUGAAUCGCUCGGAAAAGCCCUGCGGAGCUUGGGCAUGGGUAUCAAUUACGACUUGAUCGCAGCGACAGUCGAAUAUAUCGAUGCUCAGCUAGGGAAUCAGCCAGGAGGCAUCUUGAUUUUCCUUCCUGGUACACUAGAGAUCGAUAGGUGUCUGAAAGCAGUCAGCAGGAUUUCCAACGUGCAUCCUUUGCCAUUGCAUGCCUCCCUACUCCCAGCUGAACAACGUCGAGUAUUCCAGAGCCCACCAAGGGGCAAGCGAAAGGUCAUUGCGGCCACAAACGUCGCAGAAACCUCAAUCACAAUCGAGGAUGUCGUAGCCGUCAUUGACACCGGUCGAGUCAAAGAAACAAGCUACGACCCCAAAGACAAUAUGGUCCGUCUCCAAGAAGUAUGGGCAUCACAAGCCGCCUGCAAACAGCGCCGCGGUCGAGCAGGUCGUGUCCGUGCCGGUAUCUGCUACAAGCUCUACACCCGCAAAGCCGAAUCCAACAUGGCCCCACGCCCAGACCCGGAAAUCCGCCGCGUCCCUCUAGAACAGCUAUGCCUAUCCGUGAAAUCCAUGAAAGGCAUCGACGACGUCGCCACCUUCCUAGCCAACACCAUCACCCCACCAGAAAGCAUAGCCGUCGAAGGCGCACUAAGCUUCCUGCACCGCGUCGGCGCCCUAGACCACGACCGACUCACAGCACUAGGCCGAUACCUCUCCAUGAUCCCCGCAGAUCUCCGCUGCGCCAAGCUAAUGAUCUACGGCUCCAUCUUCGGCUGCAUGGAACCCUGCCUCACAAUCGCCGCAAUCCUAACCGUCAAGAGCCCAUUCGUCUCCCCCCGCGAGAAGCGCGAGGAAGCAAAUGCCGCAAAAGCAACCUUCUCCCGCCCAGGCGACGGCGACCUCCUCACAGACCUCUCGGCCUACCAGGCCUGGUCGGAGCGGACCCGUGCCCAGGGCGGAUACUGGGGUACGCAGUCGUGGUGUGUCGCCAACUUCCUCUCCCACCAGACGCUGCGCGAUAUCUCUUCGAACCGCGCGCAGUUCAUCACCUCCCUCAAAGACGCGGGCGUCCUGCCAGUUGAGUAUUCUGAAAACUCGGCUAGCGCCUGGAACCGCAACGCUGGUAACCGUAACUUGAUCCGCGCUCUUAUUGCUGGUGCCUUCCAGCCUCAGGUCGCGCAGAUCUCAUUCCCGGAUAAGAAGUUCGCUAGCUCCGUGACUGGUACUGUGGAGGUUGACCCCGAUGCGCGUACUAUCAAGUACUUCAAUCAGGAGAAUGGCCGGAUCUUCAUUCACCCUAGCUCAAUUCUCUUUUCCGCGGCGGGUUACCCUAGUGCCGCAGCAUAUCUCAGCUAUUUCACCAAGAUGGCUACUAGCAAGGUCUUCAUCCGUGAUCUCACACCUUUCAACGCAUACUCCUUGCUCCUCUUCUGUGGCUCAAUAGAACUCGACACUGUGGGCCGCGGUCUCGUCGUGGACGGCUGGCUCCGUCUGCGCGGAUGGGCCCGCAUUGGCGUACUCGUUUCCCGACUGCGUACCAUGUUGGACGAGGCUCUUGCGGAGCGGUUUGAUAAUCCUUCUUUGGUGGCUGAUGGCAGCAAUCUUGGCGAUAGAGUGAUUGAGGCAGUCAAGAAGCUCAUUGAGUUUAAUGGCCUUGAUCAAUGA